AGGUACCUGUGACGGACCUGCCAUGGGCCCGCCUCUGACGCCUGGGGGCAUGGGCGCGCGCGACAAGGACAUGCCGCUGCCAGUCCGUGGCUGAGCACUAUACUCGAUUCUCCAAUCACCGACUAUGCAUCUGACUCCGUUUCAAGCACCCGUUUCAAGUCCGUGCCUGGACAAGAACAAUCGGUAGGUAUAUCUAUGCCUGCUCUGUCCCCAUAACGUGCUUUCUUCUCCUCAUCACAGCAUUCACUUUCUUGUUCGGUAUUCCAUCAAGGCUGUGGGAAAGACAAAGUCAUUCGUUUUCUUUGUCUCUUCUUCCGUGUUUAAUUUCAACAAUCACUUUCAUUAAGCUGGUCUACACCACUGCAUACAGUCUAGCUACUGUAGUCUUUCGCUUCUCCAAUACACCUUACAUCAAUUCAUAAUGAAGGCUUCUAUUGCUCUUCUUAUUUCCGGCCUUGCUGCCCAGCAGGUCGCCGCCCACUGGGACCGCCAGGCCACCAACUACAACACCCCCGGCUACAACAACAACGAGUGCACCGACAAGCAGAAGGGCGGAUACGACUGGUCCGACCUGAACGACGGCGACAAGCCCGGCAAGUACGACGACUUCGACUUCGGCGGAGGUUGGUCGUGCUCCACCAAGAAGUUCGGCAAGCGUGACCACAUCACCAAGCGCACUUUCGGAGCCAAGGCCCUCACCAACAGCUGCGGUAAGGAGAAGCCUGCUUCCUUCAGCUGCGACAAGAAGGAUGGUUUCUCCGUGACUCACAUGGAUAUCUCCGUGGACCACGAUGCCGAGCUCGACUUCCACUACAAGAUGAAGGACGGCAGCAUCUGCAAGCAGCGCACGAGCUGUAAGAAGGAAGGUACCACCGUGCAGAACACUCAGUGCGGUGGUGCUCAGUCAGUCGACGUCUACCUCGGCAACAGUAGCGAAGGUAAAGACAGCUGUGAUAUUGGCGUCCACAACGUGGGCUUCGAUUGCAACCCCGGACAAUCAUACACGCCUCCGCCUCCUUACACUCCCCCAACUACCCCCGAGGCCCCUCCCUCAACUUCUUCGGAAGUGCCCUCCAGCUCUUCUGAGGUGCCCCCACCGCCGCCGGAGACCACUGCUCCUCCUCAGACUUCCGACUCACCGCCGCCUCCUCCCGAGUCCAGCAGCGUGAGCAUCAGGACGCCUUUCUGUGGUUACGGUUCGUGCGGCAGCAGCAGCAGCUUCACCAACUCCUCCACUGCCCCCCCUACGCCGCCAGAGACCCCUAGCAGCACUCCAGUGGAAGUCCCGUCCAGCAGCACCGAGGUCCCCACUUCAUCGGCGCCCAGUGGCGAGUGUGGCGGAUACGGACAGCCAGCUUGCGAGACCAGCUCCGCCGUCGAGAGCACCCCUGCUGAGAGCAGCUCCGUCGUCGAGAGCACCCCCGUGUCUUCGGCUCCUGCUUCAUCGACCCCAAGCGGCGAAUGCGGUGGAUACGGCCAGCCUGCGUGCGAGACCAGCUCCGUUGUUGAAAGCACCCCCGUUUCUUCGGCUCCCGCAACGGAGACUGCACCAACUGAGACCGCCCCGGCUACCUCCUACAACGGCACCGUCCCAUCUUCGCCCGUCUCGUCGCAGCCUCCCACUGUCACUCCUCCUCCCGGUGGUUACACUCCUCCCGAGUGCCUUCCUAAGUGCCUGAACACAUGGCUCAAGCUCAAGUCCGAGUGCAAGGACAACACCGACUCUGCCUGCUACUGCAAGGUUCCCGACCUCACUGACAAUGUCAUCGACUGUGUCAAGGCCUACGGCACGGAGGAGGAGGUCAAGCAGGCUCUCUCCUACUUCGUCGGCAUCUGCGCGCCCCAGAUCCCUGAGAACCCGCACAUCAUCGACAAGUGCACCGACGUGCCGCUUGCGCCGCCUACCGCUCCUGUCACCUCUGCGCCUGAGACACCCGCCACCACCGCCGCGCCCGAGCAGCCCCAGACCCCUGGCACCACGCCUGCGCCCGCUCCUGAGCAGCCUGGCAGCAUCCCCUGCACCACCAUCACCUACGGCAGCUCCACCUACACUGUCCCCCAGGUUGGCUUCACCACCGAGACCCCUGGUGCUCCCGGCGCGAACCCCACUGAGCCCAUCGCGCUCUACCCUGCUGCUCCUACUACGCCUGCCCCGGCGCCUGCCAACCCCACCGCUCCCUACCCGAUCGCGUCUGGCGCUUCUGGCUUCACCUCCGUCACGUUCCCCACCGGCACUGGCGCUAUCAACUCGCCUCCUCCGUCUGAGUUCAGCGGUGCGGCGAACGCGCUCAACGUCAAGGCCGGCAUGGUCUUUGGUGCCGCCUUUGCUUUCUUCGCUAUGUAAAUGACCUGCUAAUCACUGCGGGUCGAUAAUGUGUGUGAAUACGGAUUGAUUGAGAGAUAAUUGGCUGUGCAUACCCCGACUCUUUCCUUACGCAUGUCCAGGCGCCUCCUUUUGGGAACCAUGUUGGAUGGAUGUUGAAGCAUCCAGAGGUACUGGUAAUGGUUGUUUUUCCAGUGUUUCCUUGUGUCUAUAGACUGACCCGAAUCGUACAUCACCCCUACACAUCCUGAGCUUCCUGACGCUGUGAAUACUCUACCUCGAAGUGA